AUUGGCAUAUGUAAAUUAAAAAGAAUAUAAAGCUGACUUUGGUGCACCGUGGAGGCCAUUUAGUGAUUGCAAUUCGAAGGAGUCAGCAGGAAUGUGACUCUAUCGCCGAGUGAAUAGCCCUGGAACCGAAUUUCGAUCAAAAGAAAAAAUCACGCAGUCGAAGUUUGAUCAAUUAAAGUGAUCGUUUCUCAUAAUUUGAAAUAUCACCCACUUUGUGGGAAGUGAUAAGUUCUGAGCAUCAUCGGUGAAGAUAAAUUUGAUAUCAGUUCACUAUCAUCGGUUGACAGUGAAUAGUGUGAAAAGGUCUGUUUGAUAGUGCGGAAGUAAUACCAGUGCCUGCUCCUUUAUUUUAGUGUGGAAUCAUAUUGGCAGCUGUGGUGUUAGAAGUGUAUCCCUUACAGCUAACAUGUCAUUGAAAAAGACAGAGAAAGACAACAACAAGAAGAAAACGAAAAAUGUCAGCUUUUUCAAAUUAUUUCGAUUUGCAACGAUAUGGGAGCUGAUUUUGAUCUUUAUAGCGUGCAUUUUUGCAUUGAUUCAUGCCCUGGCAAUGCCCGCUGUUAUCCUGAUUUAUAGUGAAUUUGUUGCACUCCUUGUCGACAGAACGUAUGGAAUUGGAACUACCUCAGAUACGUGGCUUUUGCCAUUGGUGGGAGGUGGUAAAAUUUUGACAAAUGCGACUCGUGAAGAAAACUACGCAGAAAUCUACAACGAUUCUGUUGCCUAUGGAAUCCUCUUAGCCAUUUGCUCUAUAAUCCUGUUUGUAACUGGCAUAUUCUAUGUGGACAUUUUGAAUUUUACGGCCCUCAAGCAAGUUACCAGGAUUAGGUAUCAUUUCUUUCAUUCGAUUAUCACUCAGGAUAUUGGUUGGCACGACAUAACUAGGGAUCAAAAUUUCGCCGUAAGGAUAACUGACGAUAUCGAAAAAAUACGGGAUGGAAUUUCGGAGAAAUUCGGGCAUUUCAUGAAUUUAAUCCUUGGAUUUUUGGUCACUCUUUGUGUGUCUAUAGCCUCUGGCUGGAAGCUGACGCUGGCCGUCAGUGUUUAUAUUCCAAUAGUGAUAAUUGUUAGCUAUUAUGUCACAAAGUACCAAAGUAAACUUACUAUCAGAGAGAUGAAUGCUUAUGCCAAGGCUUCUAGCAUAAUUGAAGAAAUUCUAAGUGGCGUUAGGACAGUGAUCGCGUUCAAUGGCGAGGAAAAGGAACGCAAGCGUUACGAAGACUGCCUUGUUCCUGCAAGGAAAGCAGGGCAAUGGAAAAGUGCCUUCGCUGGUUUUAGUGAAGGUUUUAUGAGAUUCUUACUAUUUGUGGCUUGCGCUGCUGGAUUCUGGUAUGGCACACAUUUGAUUUUGGAUGAUCGCGACAAAGAAGUAAAGGAGUAUACACCAGCUAUAUUGAUGAUUACAUUUUUCGGUAUCGUUGUUGGUGCAGACAACAUAGCGAGAUCGUCUCCAUUCUUAGAGGCAUUCGCAAUGGCACGAGGUUCCGCGACUACAAUUUACGGAGUCAUCGAUACCGUUUCCAAAAUCAAUCCACUAUCAACCGACGGAAAAAUAUUGAACUACGGCUUGAAAGGCGACAUCGAAUUUCAGGAUGUAUUUUUCAAAUAUCCUUCUCGGGAAGAUGUAAUUGUUCAUCGAGGAAUUAACUUUAAAGUGGAGAACGGUCAGACAGUAGCGUUGGUUGGUAGUUCUGGGUGCGGGAAGUCCACUUGCAUCCAGUUGAUCCAAAGGUUCUAUGAUCCGACCUUUGGACAAGUCUUACUCGACGGAGUGGAUAUAAAAAAAUACAACUUAGCGUGGUUGAGGUCAAACAUCGCUAUCGUAGGACAGGAGCCAGUUUUAUUCCUUGGUACUAUUGCGGAGAACAUUAGAUAUGGAAAACCAGGAGCAACGCAGAAGGAAAUAGAGGAAGCUGCAAAAGCUGCCGGCGUUCAUAGUUUUAUUGCUGACCUACCGGAAAGCUACAAUACUCUCAUCGGAGAGAAAGGAACUCAGUUGUCUGGAGGACAGAAACAGAGAAUCGCCAUUGCAAGAGCUCUUAUACAAAAUCCGAAAAUACUCCUGCUGGAUGAAGCCACUUCAGCAUUAGAUUAUUAUUCUGAGAAGCAAGUUCAAGAAGCCUUAGAUCUAGCCAGUAAAGGUCGAACCACAAUUGUUGUCUCCCAUCGUCUCUCAGCAAUCAAGCACGCAGACAAAAUAGUUCACAUCGAUAAAGGCAAGGUAGUGGAGGAAGGAACUCAUGAAGAGUUGAUGAAGAUGAACGGCGGGUAUUGUUCCUUAGUCACAGGUGGGGAUUUGGAACAGCAAGAGGAGCCCGAAAAGGAGAAAGGUAAAUAUAGAUCACAAUUAAAGCUGUUCAAGAUCCGAUUUUUCAUACGGUUCAUUAUAGAAAUCAUGGAAGAUGAUCCUUAUGCCAAGUCCUUUGAUUUGGACGUUAACAACCUGCAAGACCACCAUGAACAGAAUCACAACCAUGUUCAACAGAAUCACUACAAUCAACAAGUACACUUCUUAAUGGACUCGAAGAAACCGGAGAAGAAUGAGGUUGAAGAAGAGCCAUCAUCCAGCUUUGUAUGGACCUUCCUUAGAAUUUUGGGGAUCGCAAAGCCAGAGUGGCCAUAUAUGAUUUUAGGGACAAUAGCAGCUGGUCUGUUUGGAUGUACUUACUCGGUAUUUGGUAUACUUUUUGGUGAUUUCUACGCUGCAUUAGCAUUGCCUGAGAGAGAUGAGGUCCUCAGCGAAACUUCGGCCAUAUGUGUCUCAUUUUUGGGUGUAGGUGUUGCGGCUGGAGUAAUUUCUUUCUUAUACAACUUUAUGUUCAACUCAUCUGCUGUUUGGUUAACCACUAGGGUCCGGUCACGCACUUUAAAAGCGGUCCUAAAUCAGGAAAUGGCCUGGUUUGAUAGAGAAGAACAGAGUGUUGGAGCUCUCUCAGCACGAUUGGCAGGCGACUCAGCAUCUCUGCAAGCAUCCAUGGGCUUUUCACUCAGCGGUAUUAUACAGUCUAUAUCCAAUUUUAUCAUGGGUGUGUCAAUCGCCAUGUAUUAUUCUUGGAGGUUGGCUCUUGUAUGUUUGACCAUGGUUCCGAUUAUAGUGGGCUCAGUAGUAUUUGAGGCUAAGUAUACUCGAAAGUCAAUCUUAGAUGAGAAGACUAUAAUUGAAAAAUCUACUGCAAUGGCAACUGAGGCCAUUACCAAUAUCAGAACUAUUGCGGGGCUUAGAAGAGAGAAGCAAGUGAUUGAUAAAUACUCAGACGAAGUUCAAAGUAUAGAAAAAAUGCUGAAGAAGAAGCUACGAUUGCGGGGUUUAAUUAACUCCUUUGGUCAAUCGAUUCCAUUUGCUGGAUACGCAGCGGCACUGUGCUAUGGUGGGGUGCUGGUUUCAGAAGGUCGAGUUCCUUUCCAAAAUAUUAUCAAGGUUUGCGAGACGCUUCUUUAUGGAUCAAUGAUGCUUGCCCAAUGCCUAGCAUUCCUUCCUGCUUUUACGGUGGGCGUUAUUGCUGCACAAAAACUUUUCAUCAUCAUGGAUAGAAAGCCUAGAAUUCACUCAUUGACAGAAAAAACCUUCAGUGAUAAUGACGAUGGAGACCGGAAUGUGUAUUACAAAUCAGUUUCAUUCAGAUACCCGAAAAGGCCAGAUAUUCCAGUCCUUCAGGGACUCAAUUUAGAUGUCUUUCAAGGAAAGACAGUUGCUCUGGUUGGCUCUUCUGGAUGUGGGAAGUCCACGUGUAUACAAUUGCUUCAACGUUUCUAUGAACCUGAUGCUGGACAAGUGCUAAUUGGCAAAAAGGAUGUAGUGACAGAUAUAUCCCUGACUGCCCUCAGGAGUCAAUUAGGCAUCGUGUCGCAGGAGCCAGUACUAUUCGAAAAAACACUGGCUGAGAAUAUUGCCUACGGAGACAACUCGAGGGAGGUUUCCAUGACUGAAAUCACAGAUGCUGCCAAGAUGGCUAAUAUUCAUACAUUCAUCACCUCUUUGCCGUUAGGGUAUGAAACAUGUUUAGGAUCCAUGGGUACCCAGCUCUCUGGUGGUGAGAAACAGAGAAUUGCCAUUGCCCGUGCUUUGAUCCGGAAUCCAAAAAUAUUACUUUUGGACGAAGCAACCUCUGCGCUGGAUAUUCACAGUGAAAAGAUUGUUCAAGCGGCCUUAGAUUUAGCCUGCUCCGGUAGGACAUGUGUCGUCAUUGCCCACCGACUUUCCACUGUGCAAAAUGCAGAUGUUAUUUGUGUGAUACAUAAUGGACGAAUUGUAGAACAAGGGAAGCAUCAUCAACUGCUGGCCAAAGGUGGGAUAUAUGCGAAACUUCACAAAAUGCAAAGUGGAGUGGAUUAAGCUUUUAUUGGUCAGGAAGCAGAAUCUAUCUUUUGGAUUUGUAUGUUAACAAAUUGGCAAAGUAGAUGCUUUACAAUCCAUAUUCGACUGUUGUUAAAAUUUUAUACUCACGCAAAUAUAGAGAAUAGAUUGCCAAUGGACUGAAUUAUCUCUGGAAAAAAACUUCGUCCUUUAAGAUGAAAAAUACACAAAUAAAAUAAGGACAAAAUUAAAACCAAA